GCAUUCUGCCUGGACAAUAUUGCAAUUAUAUAUAAACAAAACAGCUACAGAGAUCUUGAAACCAAAGUCUCAAAGGUGAAGGGGAUAACUUUUCUUUUUUUAAUUCCAAUGGAGUGGUUUUUAUCCAAGCAUUUGAUGUUGGUGUUGAUAGUGUUGCUCCAAAUCAAUGGAUACAAAGCUUGUUUGGAAGAGGAGAGAAUGGGCCUCUUAGAAUUCAAGUGGUUUGUGAAAUCCAACAAUGAAGACGCUGACGGACUUCUCCGCUCAUGGGUUGAUGACAGGGAGAGUGAUUGUUGUGGGUGGGAGCGAGUUAAGUGCAACUCCAUUACAGGCCGUGUAAACGAACUCUCCCUCGGCAAUAUAAGACAAAUUGAGGAGAGUUCUAGCCUAAUUCGCAUUUAUACCAGGAUAUGGUCCUUAAACACCUCCUUGUUCCGUCCUUUCCAAGAAUUAACAAGCCUUGACUUGUCCAGAAACUGGUUCAAAGGUUGUCUUGAGACUGAAGGUUUUGAAAAGUUGUCAAGCUUAAAAAAGUUAAAAAUUCUAAACCUUCAAGAUAAUCAAUUCGACAAGACUAUCAUACCAUCCUUGGGCACCCUCACAUCUCUGAGGGCUUUGACCCUUAGAGAAACAAAUAUUUUGGAAGAAUCAUCAUCUCCUAUCAAAGAGUUAGCAAAUCUAAGGAACUUGAAAAUGUUAGAUCUUGGAGGUAUCUUUUGUUACCACUCAGAUCUUGACUUCAUGCAAGAUAUGCAAGAUAUGCAAGGUUUUGAAAGGCUGUCAGCGCUGAAAAAGCUAGAGAUUUUAAUGCUGGAUUCCAAUUGUUUAAAUAAUUCCAUCCUUCCAUAUUUGAGCACACUCACUUCCUUAAAGAACUUAAGUCUAUCAUACAAUUCACUCUCAGGAUGGUUUCCUCCAGAUGAAUUGGCUACCCUGGUCAACUUGGAAAUAUUGGAUGUAAGUGGGAAUAAAUUCGAUGCAGCUCAAACAGUGAAAGGUUCUGAAAACAUCUUAAAAUUGAAAAGGCUAGAGACUUUGGAUCUUAGUGACAACAGCCUCAACAGGAGCAUGUUACGUGUACUGAGUAAACUUCCAUCCCUCCGGAAUCUCAAGCUUUCCGACAAUGGGUUACAAGGGCCAUUCCCUGCUGAAGAAUUAGGAAAUUUUAAUAACUUGGAGAUGCUGGAUCUGAGUGCCAAUUUAUUCAAUGCCUCAGCGCCCAUGCAAGACUCUCGAAGGCUCUCAAAAUUGAAAAAGCUAAAGACCUUGGAUCUUGAUGCCAACCACUUUGAAGUGAGCAUUUUUCAAUCAUUGGCUGUGUUACCAUCGCUUCGGAAUCUGAUGCUUAGCAGCAACGCUUUAGAAGGACCUUUUCCUACUAAAGAAUUGGCAAUUUUCAAAGACUUGGAGACUUUGGAUUUAUUGUUCUUCAUAAUAGACAUUUUCGAUCAGUUGUAG